AUGGCCGACUAUGACGGGCAGAAGAAGACCGAUGAUGUCUACGUCGACACCGAGGCGCGCUCUGAUGAGCAGGGUCAGAACGGCGUCGAGGCUACCGGCCUCAAGCGCGCCCUCAAGUCCAGGCACUUGCAGAUGAUUGCCAUCGGAGGCAUCAUCGGUCCCGGUCUUCUCGUUGGUUCUGGAAAUGCUCUUCGUCUCGCCGGUCCAGCCGGUAUUCUCAUCAGCUUCUCGCUGGUCGGAAUCAUCGUCUUUUUCGUUAUGCAAUCUCUUGGAGAAUUGGCCACGCUGAUUCCCGUUUCCGGCUCCUUCACCGACUAUGCUGGCCGCUUCAUCGAUCCUGCGCUUUCCUUUGCCUUGGGUUGGGCCUACUGGUACUUGUGGGUUACCGUUUUGGCGAACGAGUAUAAUGCCAUCUCUCUGGUUGUCAUGUACUGGACGGAUGUCGUACCACAAUGGGCAUGGAUCCUGAUCUUCUGGGCUCUCUUCAUCUCCUUGAGCAUGCUGGGUGUUCUAGCAUACGGAGAGGUUGAAUACUGGCUGUCGUUGAUCAAGGUUAUCUCCAUCUCCAUCUUCUUCAUUAUCGCCAUCUGUAUCUCCGCCGGUGGUAUUGGCCCGCAGAAGAUUGGUUUCAAGUACUGGGAGGACCCAGGUGCCUUUGCUGAUGGCAUCAACGGUGUUGCGAGGACAUUCGUCAUCGCCGGUACUCUGUACGCUGGUACGGAAAUGGUCGGUAUCACUGCUGGUGAAUCAUCCAACCCCCGCAAGGCCGUUCCCCGCGCCAUCAACCAGGUCUUCUGGCGUAUCCUCAUCUUCUACAUCGGCAUGAUGUUCUUCAUCGGCAUCCUCAUCCCCUACAACGACUCGCGCUUGAUCGGCAAGGGCUCCAAGACGGCGUCCUCCCCGUUGACCAUCUCUCUCGCCGACGCCAACAUCGCCCCCGCCGCCCACCUCAUCAACGGCCUGAUCGUCAUCUCGGUCAUCUCGGCCGGCAACUCGGCACUGUACGUCGCGUCGAGGACCAUGGUCCACAUGGCCCAGUCAAGCAUGGCGCCCAAGUUCCUGGGCAAGACGAACAAGGCCGGCGUGCCGUGGGCCGCGCUGCUCUUCUCCAACCUGUGGGCCUGCAUCUCCUUCCUCUCGCAGUCGUCCAACGCCGGUGUCCUGUACGAGGCGCUGAUCACGCUGUCCGGCGUCGCGACCUUCAUCGUCUGGGCCGUCAUCGAGUGGGUCCACAUCCGUUUCCGCCAGGCCAUGAAGGCGCAGGGACAGAGCAUCGAAGAGUUGCCCUUCAAGGCGUUGUGGUAUCCGUACGGCACGUACGCGUGCUUGGCCGCCAACGUCUUCCUGAUCUUCUUCCAAGGUUACACCGCUUUCCUGAAGCCCUUCAGCGCCCAAGACUUCGUCAUCAAUUACAUUUUGCUGCCCAUAUUUGUCUUGCUCGUUGUUGUUUAUAAGCUCUGGCACAAGACGAAGUUCGUGAAGCUGGAAGAGAUGGAUAUCUACACGGGCCGUCGCGAGGACUUUGAGAUGGAGACGGAGGUCGAGGAAGUGAAGCAGAGGUCGCUGUGGUACAAGAUUAGAAACGUCUUCGUAGGGUGA